AUGGAUUCAAUUGAGGCGUACGUGCAAGCGCAAUUCGCCGCUCUCAAGGCGAAGUCAGAGGCAAAGCAUGAGGGGCACAAAGCCGCACCAAAAGCGCUUUUAACGGCACCCAGCAAUUCUGUCAAGGCCGCCAGUGAGCGCGCUCAGAGCGUUGUCAGUGAUGCCAUAGUCAAAGGCGAGUUCGACGAGCUGAUCGAUGGUGUCACCCACGCACCCCGAGUUCCUCUCACCGACGCUCCUGCGCCCGCAGAGCACAAAGCCGCGGAUGCGAUACAGAUCCAGGUCGGAGGUCCCCCACCAUGUGCAGGUCUGCUGCCAGAGAACGCCGACCUCGGCUUUCAGGUGGCUUUGUUCAAGCGCAUUCUCUCCACCCCGGGUGUCAACAAGUGCAGCCCGGAGUUUAGGACCUGGCAGUCCGUCAUCAACCCCGACUCGGACGAGGGCUGCCCGGCGACGGUCAAGAACCUUACUCAUUGGAAGCCCAAGUUCUCCGACGCCACUGCGGACGCGAAGGAGUAUGACCCGAGCGAAUACAGCUCCACCUCCUCAUUCUCUCUCGGUCUCUGCCACGUCACGUUCGGCACCUUCUACACCUGUCCCCAUGGUGCCGAGUGCCCUUGGCGUCACUCCAAGUUGACGUACCCCGAGACAGACUGGCUGAGGGACAUCGGAGCCAACGGCGUGCUCGGCGAUCUCAAGUCUUGCCAGUUGAGUGGAGAGAAGAUUCCCCGUGUCGUUGAGCGUACUGCCUGGGAUGAGAGUUUGUAG